AUGAUCGAUCGGAAAGCGCCAUUGCUCUACGAACCCGAAGUGGUUAACCAGGCAAUUCGACGAUACGAAACAUGUUGGCUGCCCAUGCAGACUGCUCACCCUGACAUGAAUGUAAUACCGCCGUUGGAUGUACACUGGGUAUGGCACACCCACAUGUUGAGUCCACUUCACUAUCAAGAG